UGGGAAGUUGAGAAGUAUCCAGCGGCUCCAAUAUGGUACGCGAUGUGAGCCGAGGCUUGCGGUUUAGACAGAAACGGAAUCUACACAGCACAGCUGGAAGUUUUUGGGGAGCUAAGACCUGGACUCCUAAGUGACCCGGCGACCGUGAUCUAUACUCCAGAUAGCGCUGCGAUUUAGACUAGGAACCGAUCCAGUCGCCAUAAUUUGAAUUACUGAAUAACCUAGAAGCAGCAGUCUGGACUGCUGAGUAACCAGGCUGCCGGGAGGACUUGGUGACCCUGUGGAUAUUAUCUGGACUACGCAGACAGGAGGUGUGUGCUUGUUGGAACUCGGACUGAGACGGCGCCUGCGACCGUGACCGGACGGCUGUGUUUUGUAAGACAAAGUGAGCCGCCGCUUCGUGUCGACACUACGCGAGUGCGAGCAGUCCCCCAGCCAUGGCCUUUUCACAGGUUCAGUGUCUGGACGAUAACCACGUGAACGUGCGCUUCUCAGAGGGCAAGCCCGAGUUCUUCUACAGUGAGGAGCAGCGACUGGCACUGGAGGCGCUGCUACAGGACGGUCCGCAGGCCUUUCGGGACGAGGUGCAAAAACUUAAAAUUCGGGACUUCCUCUCUGAGCCCGAGCUUCAGCAGAUCGCCGGUUUUGUGGAAAAGUACCGCCCAGGAGGGGAGGAGCGCGGUUCGGAAGAGGGGGAUCAGGACUCUUUGGAAUAUUGGCCAGACAAAUCUGACGUGUCCAUACCUGAGCUGGACUUAGGAUGGCCGGACAUCUCAUCGUACCGUGGCGUGACCCGAGCCAACGUGUACACGCAGCCACCUAUGGAGGGGCAGGCGCACAUCAAAGAGGUGGUGCGGAAGAUGAUCGGGCAAGCGCAGAAGGUGAUCUCUGUGGUCAUGGACAUCUUUACUGACGUGGAUAUUUUUAAGGACCUCUUGGAUGCUGGAUUUAAGAGGAAAGUUCCAGUCUACAUUAUAAUUGAAGAAACCAGUGUGCCACAUUUCCUUCAAAUGUGUGAGAGAGCUGGGAUGCACACCGGCCACAUGAAGAACCUGCGGGUGCGUGCCACACGUGGAUGCGAGUUCCACACCCACUCGUCCCUCAGAGUCCAUGGUCUGCUCAGCCAAAAGUUCAUGUUUGUGGAUGGAGACCGGGCGGUGUCCGGCUCGUACAGCUUUACGUGGACUGCAGCCAGAAUGGACAGGAACUUGAUCACAGUGCUCACUGGCCAGGCAGUGGACAUAUUUGACAAACAGUUUCGGGACCUCUACCUGACUUCCAAGAGUGUGAACCUGCAGCACAUCAGUCUGGAGAAGGAGCCAGAGCCAGAGAUGGCUCCACAGGUGCCCAUGCCAGCACUGCCUUCUGCUGAAGUUGUGCGCAAAAUGAUCAACCCCAAAUAUGCUUUGGUAAGGACCAGUAACAUGGAGACUGGUUCUGGUGGGGCAUCAUCUGAAAAGACCAGUGAGCCCAUCAAAGACAACAGCACAAGGGGCAAUAAGGCCAAAGUCAAGGCCCCGGAGCCCAAAGAGGAACCGGCCAUCAUUCACCCUGGCCUUCUGGACUUGGAGCGUGCCAACAUGAUCGACUACCUACCAACCUGGCCAGACCCCGAACCCCCAAGUGACGUCAUUGGAUUCAUCAACAUCAGGGAUGUCAACAAACCCAUCCAGGCACACCUCAUGAGGUCUCAACUCUUUGAGACAUCCCAGGCCAUUCGCUUUAAAAAGCCCAUCAAAGUCCAAGAAAAAAGUGAGUCUCAGGAUCCCAACCCCAAAGGGGGGAUGGCCAGCCACAGCACCAAGGAGGAGGAAGAGAGCCAAAAGAAAGUCUCACAGGUGGCAGAACAAAAGCCGAACCUGUCUGCACCCCCCGUUCCAAAACCCCGGACAGUCCAGUUAAUAUUUAGCGAUCAAAAAACAGACUCUCCAGAGGUUAUGAAAUUAGUUGUUGAGUCAGAAAAGAAUCGCUCAACUGAGGGUACACAGUUCCAAAAGACCCCAAUAGGCUUUAACCGCACAUACAGUCCUGGUGAAGAGCUGAGCAUACAGGCACAUGACGGAGGCCGCGGAUUCAGCCCGCAUGGAGUUUCCAGCAUCUCGUCAACAUCGGAGGAGUACUUUGAGUGCGAGGACCUGGAAAGUGCUAAGCAGGGAAAUCUGCCCAAUGGCCUUCCUGACGCUGAUGCCAGGUUGAAGCAGAGCAGUGCAGGACCAGAACAAAGGGAAAUGCAGCUGGAGCAGAGAGGGCUUCAUCGAGACCAGAGGAAGACAAAGCACUUGCACCAUUUGAUCACCAGCUAUCCAUUUAACACUGCCCAGCCUGAAUGGGAGCAGCAAAAGCUGACGAGAGGACCAGUAAAGGUGGUCAUUGCCAAACCAGGAAGUUACCACAGACCUAGUAAGGCUAUGGCACCUGUAAUCGGAGGCCACAGGUACUGGCACAGCAAAGGCUUUGCCUCUGGGAAGCCAGGUUUUGGCCCACCAAUGUCUCCUAACAGAUCAACCAGUGGAUACAACCUGGCUGAUGGGCUCCUCCAGAAAACUGACAGUUCGAGGACGCCUUUUGGCAUCUCCUACAACAAACUGUCCCAGAUCAAACUCCUUAAAGGUAAGGUGCCCAGUCAUGGUGGCACCAUGCAGAGGAAGACACGACUGGAGUCACCCAGGAGCAAGGAUGUGGUCUAGUAGGAUGAGUAUUGGACACUUAGACCCUGGACUGACCAGGUUUUUUUUAUUUUAUUUUUUUUAAAUGCUCGAUUCCCACCCCUCCCUUUAUCCUUACCUGGUCAGUACACCAAUACCAAGUGGCUAGGAUGGUCAGUCCAAAUGUCAUGCCAGGCCAGGGAAGGUCGCCAGUCACAGGGUCUCGGAAAAGGUGCAUGGCAUCCGCUCGUGGGAGGUGACAUGUUGUGUUGGGGAUGAUCUUGGAGGGGAUUGCUCUCAGGUAGCGGUCCUCAAGGUUCUGGUAGCCCCCAAUCUUGCUGAAGGCUGUUGAGGCACCACAGUAUAUGGGCACCAUAACAAAAGGAAAAAAUUAGUUGGACCUGUUUGAAACAAUGCCAGCCUACACCCAUUAGGUCACUAUUGGCUUUCAGGUUGGCUUCCUUUCUUAGCAGUCACAAUCUCACACCAUUUAAAAGAA